CACACACGACGCUCACUGUUCGCCGUUAAACCGUCGGAUGGCCGUCCUCACGUCCUCCAUGGCCAAGCCCACCACGCGGCCCAGCGCCUCCCCCACCACCGCCGCCCACGUCGUCACCACGCGCAACGGCAUCGUCGAGAACCGGCACGAGAUCCACGCCUGCGUCGUCGACGCCUCCCCCGCCGUUCAGGGCAACAACCCCCGGCCGCGGCUCCUCCUGCAGCUAGGCUCCUCCCCCUCGCGCUUCACCCUCGUCCGCUCCGCCGCCAAGCCCUGGCAGGCCCUCGUCAUCGUCGAGACGGGCGCCCUGGAGCGCUUCGGCUUCGACGACGCCGACCUGGCGCUCAUGUGCGCGUCGCACAGCAGCGAGGAGAGGCACGUGGCGCGCGCGCGGGCCAUGCUGCUCGCUCGUCGCGGCAACGGGAACGGCAACGGCGACAACGGCAAUGGUGACAACGGCAACGGUAACGACGGCGAGGCGGACCUACGAUGCGGCCCGCACCCCGCCCUCCUCAGGCCGCGCGACGAGCUCUGGAUGCGCAGCGGCCACGUCCCCACGCCCGUCUGGAGCAACUGCUCCGGCAAGCACGCCGGGGUGCUCGCCGCCGCCGAGGUCCUGGGCGCCGGCGCCGAGGGCUACCACGAGCUGGCGCACCCCGUGCAGCAGCGCGUCAGGGCCGUCACCGAGGAGCUGUCCGGCUUGCGGCCCGACGAGGUCGGCUGGGCCGUGGACGGGUGCAACAUGGCCUCGCCGGCGAUGCCCCUGACCAACCUGGCGCACAUCUACGCGCGCUUUGCCCAGGCCGCCGACGACGUUGCCUCUUCCUCUUCCUCUACCUCUUCCGCUUCCUCUUCCUCUGCCUUCACCUCUACCUCAUCAUCAUCACCACCGCCGUCAGAAACGAAAAGACCAGCUGCAGCGGCGGCGGCGGCGGCGACGGCCCUCCCCUCCCCGCGGGAGCGCCACAUGGCGCGCAUCUUCAACGCCAUGACCACGCACCCGGACAUGGUGGCCGGCGAGGACCGCUUCUGCACGGCGCUCAUGCGCGCCUUCGGCGGGCGGCUCUUCGGCAAGGUCGGCGCCGACGGCUGCUACGCCAUCGGCCUGCGCGAGGGCGAGGAGACGCGGCGGCUGGGCGCCCGCGGCGCGCUGGGCAUCGCCGUCAAGGUCGAGGACGGGAACAUGGACGUCGUGUACGCCGCCGCCGCCGAGAUCCUGCGCCAGCUCGGCGUCGGCUCCGACGAGGAGAGGCGGGCCCUCGAGCCGUUUCGGCAGAAGCAGCUCGUCAACACGGCGGGCCUGGUGACGGGCGGCUACGAGUUUCCGUUUGAGAUGCAGGCAAACUGAUUCAUUAGGCCCCCAGCGAUGAGGUGAGCGUUGCAUCGUGCGGUGCUAGACGGUUGCGGGGUUGAGUCGGACCAGACAAUGAGAAGAAACUUGAACGUCGCCGAACACCGAGGGGUCGAGGAACCACAUCACUCACUGGCCCAGGGUUGUUGUAGACACGAAGCUGCAGCUGCCGCGACAGUCUGUCCAGACACCGUCACCGGGUAAUUAAAUGCAACUUCUUCCAAUUUCCCUUUCCCAGCCUAUCCCAUAGAC